CAGAAACACCCCGUCCCCCCUCCGGUCCCAACUAAUCAGCCCUCUUUCCUCUCCUCUUGGCGUUGUCGUCGCGGCGGUGAGGCGACCAGGUGAGGCUAGCUCCACAAGUACCAACGCCUCUUUCCUUCUCCGUUCCCCCGGCCCGGUUGCCUCACGCCACCGUCGAGCCUCUCCGCCAAGCACGCAAGCCUCCUCCUGCCAAGGCGGAGAGUGCCACCUGGAAGGAAUUCUUCUUGUUUCGCGGUGUUCCUCGUCCUCGUGCUCCCCUCUGCUGGAGCGGCUGCUCCGGCGUGGAGUGGGGAUCACACAUUCGGGACUUGUUGAUGUCAUCAUCACGAUGAAGAUUUUGUGGUAAAGAGGGCAAGCUCAGCUCCCUGUUAAGUGUCGAAAGUGUAUCGUCUUCCAGUAUAUACCUCUUUCCCACAAGGUUGUACUAGAAAAUAUGUCGACACAGGCCUCUAACCGGUCGUACAGAUAUCCAGACAAUUCCCAAAUACCAUACUACAAUGGCAAUUUAAUGCAUGUUGGGGGCAAUGGUGCUUACUAUAUGCAACAAAAUAAUGAUGAUACUCGGUACAUGUCCUCUGAUGAUGGAUCACAGACUAGUAAUUCUAGGGCUCAAGGGGCUCAAGCACAGUACUGCACCCUAGACUCGUCCUUAGCCAAUUGUGUUUAUCCUGCACAUAGCUCUACUUCUUCUCAGAGCAUAAGUGGGAGCCCUCUGUCUCAGCAUGAGAGUCACUCUGAUCAUGCAUAUGGUUCCUCUCCAAGUGCGUCAUGCAUUACUCGGGUUCCCAGUUUGACACUCAAGGAUCUAGAAAAUGUGAUGCUUGGACCUGAUUCUGACAUAGUUAGCCCUGACAGCUCCUUACUAUCUGGUACUGCUUUGCAUGAAAACAACUGGAGAGAACUUCUGGGAAUUAAUACUGGGGAUUUGAGGCAGGUACUUAUAGCUUGUGGUAAGGCUGUUGACGAGAAUGCUUGUUAUAUGGACACACUGAUGUCUGAGUUACGGCAGAUGGUUUCCGUCUCCGGUGAACCAAUGCAACGCCUGGGAGCCUAUAUGUUGGAAGGCCUAGUUGCGAGGCUUUCUUUCACUGGACAUGCCCUAUAUAAAUCUCUGAAGUGUAAAGAGCCUGUGGCUACAAGUUCUGAGCUCAUGUCCUAUAUGCAUCUUCUUUACGACAUCUGUCCAUUCUUCAAGUUUGGUUACAUGUCUGCCAAUGGUGCGAUAGCUGAGGCUGUUAAGGAUGAAAACUUUAUUCACAUUAUCGAUUUCCAAAUCGCUCAGGGGAGUCAGUGGAUAACUAUGAUACAGGUCCUUGCUGCAAGGCCUGGGAGACAACCAUACCUCAGAAUUACCGGUAUAGAUGACUCAAAUUCUGCUCAUGCCCGAGGUGGUGGACUGGAUAUAGUUGGACAGAGGUUACACAGCAUCGCCCAGUCAUGUGGUCUGUUCUUUGAGUUCAAUGCUGUGCCAGCAGCUAGUCAUGAGGUUAUGCUUGAACAUCUUGGUAUAAGACCUGGGGAGGCUAUCGCUGUCAAUUUCGCUUAUCAGCUGCAUCAUACUCCUGAUGAGAGCGUGGGCAUAGAAAACCACCGUGAUAGGAUAUUGAGGAUGGUCAAGAGCCUCUCUCCUAGGGUGGUAACUCUUGUAGAGCAGGAGGCGAAUACAAACACGGCACCUUUCUUUCUCAGAUACAUGGAGACUCUUGAUUAUUACACAGCCAUGUUUGAGGCAAUAGAUGCUGCUUGCCCCAGGAACGACAAGAAGCGCAUUAGCACAGAGCAGCACUGUGUUGCAAGAGAUAUUGUCAAUUUAAUUGCUUGUGAAGGUGCAGAAAGAGUAGAGAGGCAUGAGCCUUUUGGGAAAUGGAGGGCAAGACUUGUAAUGUCUGGAUUUAGACCAUACCCAUUAAGUUCAGUGGUGAACAGUACCAUCAAAACACUGCUGGAUAGUUACCACAGCUAUUACAGGCUUGAGGAGAGAGAUGGUGUCCUUUAUCUUGGCUGGAAGAACAGAAAGCUGGUUGUAUCUUCUGCCUGGUUCUGACAUUUCCGAUUUUGGAAGAAGCUUGUUUAGGUUCUUUCGUGGCUUUGUGUUCCGCACAUGAAUCCAAGGUGAAACCUUCGUAGCAAGGACUCCAUAAUAAAAAACAAGUUGGUAGCUUCCUUGCUGCUUCUCCUAUGCUCACCAUCAUUUCAGUAUGGUUAUUGUUGAAAUAGUCACCAUGACUCGGUUCCAUCCUUAUAUAAAGGUGCGAUCAGUGGUUUCGCCACCUUCUAAUGGUUUUAAUAUUACAUGUUGGUAGAAUCUGGUAUCAGUAUCCAAAUCUGGAUCGCCAAAAUGGUUUACGUUCCCUUUAGGUUGACCUCUACAAUGCUGUCUAUGAGUCCGAAGCUUAUGCCAGGCCUUGGUAGUAGGCACAAGGAGUGCCAUUAGAUUCUGUAUGUACAACCUGCUGGUGUAUUGUAAUUCUAUACAAUCUGGGUGAUUUACUUCGGUACUA